CCCAUAGCCAUCCAAUUCCAAUCCUCUUAUUCCUUCUCCUAUUGCUUCAUUCCUUCCCCUAUCAGGUUCUUUCUCUCUGAAAGUCUGUGUUUUUAAGCUUUAUAGUGUUUGUUUGUGAUCACUUAACAUUAUUAUUAAGCCUCAAGUCUUUGCCUUUUGUCCUUCCAACCAAGAGGUCCCUCUACACAACAAAAUCUCAACCUCCAAAAAGAUUUGUUGUGUCAGAGAGUUAGUUGUACUAGGAAUUCGAGAUCCUUGUCUCUCUCGAUCUAUCUUUUUUCUCAAUGGCUUAUGAAUCCGGUAUAACCCCGAUGAAUUCCUCUUCAUCUUCUCUCCGACUAGCUCGAACCUUCCUCCGGUCCUUCUCCCGGAUCAAAUCCCGAAGACCCACCACUGCGGCCUCUCGGUCCGCUUUCGAGCUUAGACGCCGGAGUCGACGGAUAAAAAUCGCAGCCUACUCCUCCAUGGCUCGCGUGGCUGGGCCACAACGGACAUGGGCUAGAGCCCUCCUCUUCAAGCUCAAUACUCGAGCUAGACAUAGGACUUCGAUGAGACGCCGCUGUUCAACCAUGCCCUCGGCCUACCCCGACGACCAUGUCGGGAAGCUCCGCCGCUUAGUUCCGGGUGGCGACGGAAUGGACGUGUGCACCUUGCUGGAGGAAACUGCCGACUACAUCCAUUGCCUCUCCGCGCAGGUUAAGGUCAUGAAUGCCAUAGCUCAUCAUUUAUCAAAAAAUUGAUAUCCAACACAAUUUUCAUCAACCAUAGAUCAUAUUCAAUAAACUAUACAAACAAGAUGAGAGAGAAAGUAGAUAGAGAGAGAAAGAGAUUUUAUUUUUGUGC